AUGAAUUCACGUAACGUAACAUUCGACGUGUCAGCGGAGAGCUGGCAAGUGGACGAGGUGGUCUCCAGCAUUUUCCACACGGUGUUAUUCCUCCGGUCAACUGGGAAAUUCAUCUUCAAGAGUGAGGAGGAUUAUUUCAUCAAGACAGUCGACUACGCAGAAGUCGAGUGUGAUUUCUUGGAUUUUGCUUAUGUGCGUUGCCAAUCGGAGGCGCUGAACCACGCUGUAAAUGGGCAAAUCUCGGCAUUUUCGCGACUUUUGCGCAGUGUGGAAGCUUCGCCUCCUUGUGGAGUGAUAACUCUGGAAUUCUACCACAAGGAGCGUGCGACGUGGCCAUUUCAGCCCAAAUGCGUAGCCUGGGAGACUUGGACCGUGCGCUGCGAAGUCGCUGAAUCACGGAAUGAGCGGGAUAAUACGCAUUUAAAGCGUCAAAGCGUUGAAGAGAUGUUACAGGAGAAAGUAGAGUACGUGACAGACAUAGUCAACCGUCACGAGUACGUCCCCAAGAUGCCAAGGCGCUCCGACCUUGACCUGGUUUUUGACACGUCAUAUGCUGAUAUUCAGCCGUACUUGUUUGAAAUCAGGCACAAUGUGUCGGGCGCCCCGCUCACUCCUGCCGGCAAUGCACUGACAAAGAUGUUCUGGGGAUUGUUUUAG